CAGUACGAAAAGUCAACAGCUCAACAGAUUUUCUUUGACCCAAACAAAAUCCCUAAACCCAGAAAAAACCCUAAAUCCCAAAUCCAACGAGAAUCGGAAACUUUCCAUGUCCACCGCCAGAUCCGUCCUCCGUUCCGGUGUUAGCCGAGCCGUCGUUGCCGCAUUGAGGUCGACGAAACCUACGCCGUAUUCUGCGCGGUCUUCGUUUAAGUUGCCUAAACAGAGCCCUCUCUCUCACCGCAUUUUCAGGUCUCCGGUGGAAUUGAGCUGCUGCGUCGAGACGAUGCUUCCGUACCACACGGCCACUGCUUCUGCUUUGCUCAAUUCGAUGCUCUCAGUUUCAGGGCGCUCCAUUUGGACUCUCCAAGAUUGCAUUGAUGAUGCAUGAUGAAUCUCAAAUGAAGAGUGCAAGAAUGGAUGCAGUUCGAAGCAAGGUGAUGAAGUGACGGUAGUCGUGUCAUGUUUCGUCUUAGGUCAUAAGAUUCGUCUUAUAUUCAUGCAUGACCAACCGGUUCAGUAACAGUUAUUACUUGUUAACAAAAUCUGACAACUUAAACCCCAACUCGAUCUUCGUUUUUUUGGUGGGUGUUGCACAAUCAAAAUUUCAGAACUUAACUUA